UUUACCUUCUACUCAGUUCACUUCCAUACAUCCUCCAGUAUAUCAGCAGUCUCAGCAGGAGGAUGGCAGAAGGUCAGGUAACGUACGCUGUAGUGAAGUUUAAAAGACAUGAAGCCAGAGGUGAUGCGACAUCAAAUGAUGAGACCUAUUCUACAGUCAGUAGCUCACAAAUGGAGAAACCAGUCUUUACCAGGAAUCCAGUGGAAGUUCAACAAACUGGACAGAGCAGGAGGUCAAAGGUCAUCUCCAAGCGAAUUGUUCUGCUGGUCCUCCUUGCUGUCUUGGCCGCUACAGUUAUUUUCCUUGCAGUCAAAAUUAAGCCCUGGAAAAUAGAUACUGCAACUUCUGAAUCAAAGAAUGAAACAUGUUUGAAGUGUGAAGCAGGCUGGGAGCUUUACAGAGGAAACUGUUAUGAUUUCUCUAACACAACUUCCACCUGGAAUGAGAGCAGAGAUUCCUGCAUAGAUUUAGAAGGAGACCUGGUGAAAAUAGACAGCAGAGAGGAGCAGGUAUGA